GCGCCAUCUAAUGUACGUAAAACGCAGCCGAAGAUCGGCUGGAAAAUUUGAUGAUGAUCUUAUAGUUUGUUGCGAUCGAUGACCAUCCACCGUUCCAUUUCGGGGCCCACAGGCCCCGACUCGUAUUGCAACUCUUUAUGUAGAUAAAUAUACUUAUGCACCUACAAUGGAUAUACUGAAUAACAGCGGUUGGUAAUGCAUCUUUCUUUAAAUAAAUAUUUACUUAGAUAUCCUUAUCUUUUAUAUUACAUCAUAGAUUAAAAGAGUAUGUAACAUCACUUUGUAGAUAGAAUGAUAUUAUUUUAAAAAUGUAACACGAAUUAAAGGAUGUAGCGAGCGGUAGGAGUUUUAUUUUAACUAUAAAACACGAUACAUUCGAACGACGCGACGCAACGUUGCAAAUUCUUUACAGAAAAGAAAUGGUAGUAUGUGGAAUUGUACCCAGGCCUUGAUCUAAUUUCAUCCAAUUGCCUGGCCCAUUGGGUAGGUCUAUUUAUAAAUUCCAUUAAUAACAGUCAGAUCUAAUCAUGAUCGUUCCAGCCUUUCUCUGGACUUGAUAAUUUUCGAAUUUCUGCGAACCCUCCACAACAGGGUUCUCCUAACUUCUCCCUAUCAAUUUGGUUGAACGACGCGUCCUGAUUAAUCGCCCUUUUCGUUUCGAGCUUUCCAAGGAAAAUGAUUCAGGAAGGAGCGGAACGAUGAGAAAGGGAGGACAAGGACUGCUUAGGGUGCAAAAACAAGUUUUAAAAACCCACCAAACCUGUAUAGCACUUAAUUUCUAUUCUUUGACGGAGGGCCGUGAGAGGAAGUGUGCACCUUAGAACUUAUUGAAUAUGCAAGCGCAAUCGCACCGCAACAUUCGUCGACCAAUUUUUAAAUAAGCAAAAUAUAUUCUGUAAUUAAGCAUUAGAGGAGAAGGUGCGAAUAUGAGGUAGGGUAGAAAUAUGAGGAGACAACAGACGCCUAUAACCCAGCUUUUUGGAACUCAUGCCGGGGGACCGCCAGCGAGAACAGACUCAAUCCCGCUGCCACCUAAAGGUCGCCGACCCGAGCUAUGGGUGCCCGCGGAUUGCAAAGGCGAAUUGUGAAUUUAAUGCCUAUAAGUAUAAAUAUUACGACUGAAAAUAAUAUUCUUAUCGUUCAUACUGUUCCAUAAAUAUUUGUAUCAUUCCAUUUCCGCUUUGGAUUGAUUCGAAUCUCGAUAAUAGUCGUUACUUGUUUACGUUUGAUAUUUAUACACGUAGAUGUUUGUAUAUGUAAUCAAUGACCUGUAAUUGCCAUUCUAAAUCAAUUACAGUUUAGAUCAGUGAACGGAUGUAUCAGUCUUAGAUCAUUAGGGGAUCAUGGAGUGGUUACGAAUUCUGCUUGUCUUCGGUUCCUCCGCUUUCGUCUUAGCGCAUUUUUCGAUGGAUGAUUAUUUGGAUGAGAGAUUGAAGCAGACGAAAAUUGAAAUAGCUAAACUCUACUUUCGUAAUGAACCAUCAGUUCAAAGAAAGGUGUACAAUGUAAAAUGGGAUAAAUCGUGGCAGCAGGAUAUAGGUAAAAAACGGCCAUUUACAGUGAAAGCAUUCAACAAAGUUCUCUUGAUCGAAGAAAAUCAUGUCCUUACAUUGUCUUUCGAUGAACCUCCGUCGAACCAGACUUUGCCUCAAGAAAUAAUUUCAACUCGUAACGAUAAAUCUAUAAAAUUUGUCAGAAGCAUCGUCUGGAAGAGCGUGCUUUAUCUCUUAAUUUGCUACGAAACUGGAUCAUGCAGCUUGUACACGGGAACGGAUAAUCUGCAGCUAACAAUACGACAUCGACAGUCGAUUCAGCAUAAAGGAUACCCCAUGGAUGCUAGCUUCUUCGUUCGCGCGAAUCGUCUUUAUCUCGUGGUGGCUAAUAAUUCUGGCAAAUUUGCUGUGCCCUCUUUAAUAUAUCACUGGAGAGGCACGUACAUGGACGUAGAGGUGGAAGUAAUAACCAUUGCCGCGGUAUCGGUCACCACGUUCAAGCACAAGCAAUCGACGAUCUUAGUAUUCGCACAGAACGACAUGACUGUACCCGAUAUUGGUUCCAUGGUGUACAAAUUUAAAGAAAUCAGCCUCGAUAGAAUACAAUUCUUGUCGACUUUAAAUCCAGUCUCUGUUCAUCAUUAUAAUCAUGCUGGUUUCGAUUUCAUUUUCUUCAUGAAUAGACGUAGUCCAAGUAGCUUGUUCUGGUGGGACGGACACGAACUGUUGAACUGGGAGCAAAUACUGGAAAUCAAGGCAUCCAGUUUGUUCCAUGUUUUGAACAUCAAAGAUGAUACUUUCUUUUUCGUUGGUCAUAAUAACACGUUACAAUUAUACAAAUUUGAAAAUGCAUCGGAUCGCAAUCUGCUGAGCUCCAUGAAGCUACCCAAUGAAAGAAAAAUCAUCGACGUACAAAUUCAAGCGAAGAAAUCCACGAUAACCAUGAUGCUGGUCAUCAUGAAUGAAGAUAACACUUAUAUCAUAGAAUCAUGGGAGUUACGCGUUGAAGAAAUUCCUUCAGAUUAUUCGAUAAAGGAGAGCGACAUACUGUCGGAACAUUUGGCAGAGUUGGUUGAAACAUUGCAACAAAGAACGUUGCUUAUAGAAAAAGCUGAAUCCUCCUGGCCUUCUUUAUUUCCAGCGGACAAAAAUUUAACAAUAACAGAACCACUGAUCUUACCAUCAUUGAAGCUUGAUUUUGGAACUGUAGAAAACAUCGACGUCUUCGCUGCAGAAGAUGUAAUUACACCUGAUGAACUUCGGAAAAAAUUAGAUGUUCUUAUUCACGAUGUUAAUGAUACUUUAGCAGCAUCGAAAAAUCUUUUGAUAUCAAAUAACACGAAUCUGUUAAACGGAGACAUCCUCAUCGAUGGUGAUGCAUUUAUUGAAUCGCUGCAAAUUGAUAAGAUGAAUGUAGAUUAUUUAAACGGUAUUGAUAUGAAUUCUAAGGAUAUCGUUAAUUCGAAUAAAACUCAGGAAUCUUUGCGCGGAAAGAAUAUCGUUGUAGAUAACGUCGAAAUUGACAGUAUUUGCGGGAUUCCAUUUCAAUAUUGGGCAUUAAAUGAUGACACGUCGAGAACGGUGGUAAAUAGAGCACCGAAUAACAUUGAAUUUUCAAAUGAUACAAUAUUCUUAUAUUCGAACGUCUCAAUGGAAAGCUUGAACUUAAAAACAUUGAAUGAUAUUGAUAUCGAUGAAUUUUUCAGCGAGUUAUUUGUUAUUAAUAAAAAUCAGAAGAUCAAAGGGAAUGUUAUCUACAACGAUGUGUUACAAAUUCAGAAUCUUACGAUGGAAACGUUGAAUGGAGAACCAUUUGAGAAUUACAUGACUACAAGCACCGAUCAAAAUUUCGAUUCUUUCAUAAUAAAAUCGCUGAAGGUCGACGAUUUGUACGCGGAUUCGAUAAACGACGUUCCAGUUUCAGAAGCAGCUCGAAUUUCCACCGAAGCUGUAAUCAAAGGUGCAGUGAAAAUUGCGAGGCUACAUGUCACCGACAAACUGACCGCAGAUUUACCCUUUGAAUUAACAAAAUCUCAGCCACAUCAAAUUUAUUCCAACGUUACCGUUUAUGGUAACGUGAACAUUGGAACUCUGGACAUGGACAAAUAUGCAGUAAUAUUUUUAAACAACGAAAAAUUAAACCUGAACAAUAUCUUCGAAACAUUCUGGACGAAAUCAACCGAUCAAACCUUUGAAAACAGCGUCACAUUUGAGAAUAAUUUGAUCAUCGAUCGUUUGCAAACCAAGUAUUUGAAUGGAUUCUUAGAGAAUGAAUUUUUCUACACGAAUGCAACAACCAUUCCAGAGAGUUUCAAGAGUCUACAUUUUGAAAAUGUUUAUAUAGACGACAUGUUCUUCACAAAAGAAGAAAAUAACAGCUUCUUUGAUAUUGCCCCUGAAUCACUGACUAUUCAGGAUAAAUUAUAUCUGAAACACUUGCAUACAAAUCAGCUGUUCACUCAAGUUUACAAUAAUCUUUCUGUAACUGAUAUAAUGAACGGGAAACCGUCUGUGUUUCCGGAAAACAUGCAUUUUUCUACCGUCCGAGCGAAACGGGUCAACAUACUACAGGGGCUUGAGUUACUUUUUCUCAACGACACGGACACUGUUACCUUCUUAGGAGGUGCAAGGAGCUCUGAGGAAGAUCAGAAAGAAAAAUUUAUAAAGACACUGGAAUUUCAUGUUGAAAAUCUUAACGUUGAUAGAAUUAACGAUAUUGAUAUGAAGAAACUUUUGUCAUUGAAGAACAUGAAGAUUUCUGAUUUAAGAAACUUGAUAAUAGAUGGUGAUCUUACGGUGAAAGGUGAUUUAAAAAUUGAUCGAAUAUACAACGAAUCAGCAGCAACUUAUCUGCGAAACAUGGUUACAAAAGAUAUCGUGUUUUAUAGAAAUUUAACACUCGAUGAGUUGAUUGUGCAGAAUGCUACAUUGGAAUUUUUGCACGGUAACAAUUUAAAUAAUCUUUUCGAUGAUAUUCUGUUAAAAUCCAGAAAACAAGUUGUACCUGGGAAAUUCUCUUUCUACAAGAUCGCUACGAAGAAUAUUGAUAGUAAAUUUAUUAAUGAUAAAGACACUUCUGAAUUGAAGUGGAUCGACGAUCCUUUGUUUCUAGUAGGAAACGUCACAUUUGAAAAUUUGUUCGUAGAAGGAGACGUUGUGACGAAGAUAUUAAAUGGUCGUGAUGUUAAUGAGCUGUACAACAACCUGUUGAACCUAUCAGUUCUAAACAUCAACAACUUGCAAGUAUAUGGAAAUAUUACUUGGAGCAACUCGUCCAUGAACCCUUCUUCUUUGACGUUCUUCUUGAAAAAUGCAAUGACUAAAACUUCUAAUCAAUCUAUAUUAGGAGAUAUCGUUUUCGAAAACGAUGUGUCAGUGUCAAAAGUAAAAGGAGAGUAUAAAGCAUUCGAUGAAAUACGCGACAUCGUGGCAGACACAGUGAUAGAUGAUGGAGAGAUUAUUCGAGUAGCUGGACAGAAGAUUUUUAAACAGAACCUUAUUACCGAUAGUUUACUGGUAACAGAUGACGUCAGUAUUCCCAUGAUUAACAACAUCAGUAUUUUGAAAUUUAAUAAUUCUGUGGUGAGGAAGGAUCAGAAUGAAACGAUAACCAUGCCCAUAAAUUUUCUUCAUGAGGUCGCGAUUAAAGAAGUACUUGCUAAUGACACAAAGGUUCAUGAUGCACCUUUGGAAGGAUUAGUCUUAGCGACGGAUAUGUUACCCAAGGUUACGUUCAAAAAUCUUGUUGUACUUAAGGAUGUAUAUUUGAAGAAUCUAGAUGGAGUAUAUUUUGAUAAAUUCAUGAAGAAUCGUAUAACUACCGAUGGAGAUCAUGACAUAUUUGUUGAUGUGCAGUUUAAUAGCAUCGUUGAAAUAACUGGAAAUACAAAUGUGACGCGAAUAAACGGAAUAGAUCCUUCCAACCUGGUCCUCGAUGGAAUGGAGGAAGCACAACUUAUAUCCAAUUCAAAAAUCUUUGAGGAAGAUGUCGUGGUGCAUGGUAACAUUUAUACAGAAUCUAUCAAUAAUGUGGAUAUAUCCUUGGCUUAUUCGAAUGGCAUACAAACCGACGAAGACGUUGAAAUAACUGGAGAUUUAAUUUUAAAGUCCCCUGUUAAGGUUCCACAAAACGUAUUCGUUUCAAAAUUAAUAAACGGGAUUAAUUUAUAUACCGUUCUCGAUGACGUGGAAGAAGACAGCCGGAAAAGCUUGCAAAUGUUCACGCGAAAUGAAACCAUAAGGGAAGAGAGCAUUCGAGACUCUACACUGAUUACUUCAACUCUGAGAAACAUUUUCUCGUACAUAGAGGAAGAGGAACAGUUGAAAAUUCAAGUGCCAAAUAUUAAGAAAAUUGACGUUAUUAAUUACGAAGAAAUAACGAAAAUUAAUAUGUUCGGAGAGAAAGAAGGAUCCGCCUGUGGACUCCCUGACGAUUGCCCCUGUCCCACGGAAUACAUAGCUGAACUUACUAAAGAAGACUGUCGUAUUCGAAAAAUGAAUGGUACUAGAAUUGUACGAAAUUACCACGAACGGAAUAACAUAUUUGGUGUAAACAUAAUAACGAAUGUAAUAUCAAGUAGUCGAGAAUGUGUUUCAAACAGAAGCGAGGAUGAAUUCGUCACGAUUUCAUGGAUGAAGUCUGGCUUGGUUGAAACGGGAGAUGUCGUAGCUAAGAUUACAGAAAUAUCUCCUCAGAUUCAUGGACUGAUAAAGGAUGCAGAGGUUUUCAUGGCACACGAUAAUACAGCUUUUGUAGUGCUAGCAAUCUAUUAUAAUACCUUGCUCGCCACGCAUCGUACAAAUUCCCUGAUCUAUAAAAUUGAUUUCGAGAAGAAUCUUCUGUUAUUGCAUCAAGAACUAUACACUGAUGGUGCCUGGGCUAUUGAAAUUUUUCGAAUAGAUCAUCAUACGUAUGUACUUUUGGGUUGCUUUGGGGAUUCUGAAACAUCUGUUCUAUAUAAAUUAGACGCACCUACUUACGAAUUUAUAAUGGUGAGAGCAUUCGGAGGUAAAACACGCAAUGUAAAAAGUCUACAUCAAGAAAAGGAUCACUUCAUUCUAUUGGACGAAUACGAUACGAAUGCGUUAAACAUAUUUCACUAUGAUUCAGAAUUUGAUAACUUUUACGAUUAUCAAAGUCUCUUUCACGAUUCGCGGGUUGAAGGAAUAGAAUGUUUCUACUCGGAUGAAUAUGGUCAAAGUGAUUCUUUCGUUAUCGUCACAACAGAAAACGAUCAGUUAUAUAUUUACGAGUACAUGUUUGCUCAAAAGUUUCAAAUGAAAGUAUAUCAUCAAAUAGAUGAUUUACAAACGAUGGUACCGUUUGAUUAUUUAGGAAAUUAUUAUGUUUUUGCUGGUACAAGUAAAAACAGCACUAUAUUGAGAAUUAUACAACAGGGACCGCAUUAAAAUUCCAAUAAGAUAUAUUUAUCUGUUCAUCAGAUAAGGCAUAUUCUACUUUUCUGUUAGGAAUUAGUAUUUGUUGUUACAAGAUGGAUCAACUCAUAUUUUAUUUAUUCGUUUUUUAUUGCACAUACAAAAAGAAAAUGACUUUCUCUCGAUCGAAUGUUUAUUUGUAAAGCAAUAUAAUACAUACAUAUAUUAUGCAUAAAAUCGUACAAAUCAAGUUGAAACGUAUGUAUUGAUACUAUAAAACUGUACUCAGAAAGUGAAUCAUUAAUUAUUAUAUUUAUUGCAUUCAAGUUAUAACUAAUAAAUAAUAGUUCCAUAAAUAAAGUUACACCGAUUUGAACGAUUCUAUUUAGUAUCGGGUAAAUUGCGUCAGCGCAGUUCCGAUGGAACGAUUGCAGUUUAAUUUGUUCAUUAUUCCGAAGAAAAUUCAAGAAACGAAUAGAUGAUAUAAAAUUAUCACGUAAAAAUAUCGCCGAGAAUACACGAAGCUCGAAGGUUUUACUUCUUCACGAAGUGGACAGAAGUGGAAGCCAUUGAAAUACACUGAAUCCUCCGUCAUUAUUACACGGCACUACAUAAAAGUUUCAAGAGACAUUGCGACUCUUUUAAGACAGU